UGCAGUGGUGUGUGUCGGCGUGCGGCGAUGUGGCGUCGCGCCGUGUCCUCGUAGUGUGCUCCUGCAACCCCGCCUGUCUCAGCUCCCCGCGACCGUCUCUCCGCCGCCAUGGGCAAGAGCGGCAGCAAGCUCCGCAAGAAGCGCAGCCAAAGCAUCGCGUGGAGCUUCCGGUUCCCGUCGCUGAGUUCGCUGUCGCGCCGCAAGAUGGCAGUGCCGCCGUCGCGGCCGCACAUGGACGUGCGCACGUGGAUCGAGGUGCUGGAGCUGACGCAGUACGCCGCGCUCUUCGAGAAGUUCGACGGCGUCGAGGACCUGCUGACGUUCUCUGAGGAGGACAUCAGGGACCUGGGCGUGAAGAACUCGGCGCACCGCGCCAGAAUCGUCUCCAGCCUCGUCGCGCUGCGGGCCAAGUACGAGAAGAGUGCGAGGCGGAAGGACAAGCCGCAGCGCCACAGCGUCGCCGUGGAGCCGAGCCGUCUGGUGCAGCAGAACGGCACGUCCGACAUCCUGGUUGUAAGCGACGUCAUACAGAGCAAGAGCCUAUGUAACCUGGUGAUGGAGGGCGUGUCGAGCCCCGGGUCGUCGCCCGGCGCCGGCGCCGCCGCUGGCGAGGUGCCGGGCGAGCUGCGCAAGGCGCUGGAGUGGGAGCUGUCGCUGGACGCGCGCGACCUGCGCUCGCACGCCUGGUACCACGGCGCCAUCCCGCGCCAGCGCGCCGAGGACAUCGUGCAGCGCGACGGCGACUUCCUGGUGCGCGACUGCUCCUCCCAGCCCGGCAACUACGUGCUCUCCUGCCGCUGCAAGGGGCAGCCGCUGCACUUCGUCAUCAACAAGGUGGUGAUCCAGCCGGACACGGUGUACGAGCGCGUGCAGUACCAGUUCGAGGAGGACGCGUACGACACGGUGCCCGACCUCAUCACGUACUACGUGGGCAGCGGCAAGAGCGUCUCCACGGCGUCCGGGGCGCGCAUCUCGACGCCGCGCAACCGCCUCUACCCGCUCUCCUUCUACGCCUCCAAGUACGGCCUGCAGCAGCAGCACCACGUCUCGCCGCUCUCGUCGCCCGGGGGAACCCCCGCGCUGCGCUACAACCCCUACAACUCGUACCGCGCCGCGCCCCAGCAGCGACGCGGCGACACGCCGCCGCGGCUGCCCAGCAAGAAGCAGCGCAGCCAGUCGCUGACGCCGGUCGACACGCAGCAGCAGCAGCAGAACCACCAGCAGCCGGCGGCAGCGGGGGAGCGCGCCAGCAGCGCAGACGGCGUCAUCCAGACGGGCACGCUGGGCAGGCACGACCCGCCGCCCGCCGCCAAGUUCUCCACACACUCGCUGCCGCGCUCCGCCGGGCUCGCCGGCAAGCACCAGCAGGUGUCGCCGUCGUCGACGCCGGGGGCGGGCCACGGGCACGCCGUGGCCAAGAUGGUGCGCGUGACGAGCGACCCGGCGCUCAGCCCCUGCCUCGAGAGGCGGCGCUUCGGCUACGAGGGCGACGGCGCGGCGGAGGCGGCGGGGGCGGCCGACGCGGACCUGCCCGAGCAGCCGCCGCCCAAGCCCAGCCGGGUGCCGUCGCUUUUGAAAACAAGCGGGGCGGCGGCGAGCCUGCAGCGCGUGUCGUCUUACCACGCGUCUGGCUCGGACUCCGGCAACGGGUCGGGCGACUCGGCGCAGAGCUCGGCGGCCGACGCCACCGACUGCUCGCAGGCGCAGCACCGCGGCGUCGUGAUCAAGAACCCGCGCUACCGCACCGAGUACGACUCGGCCGCCGAGGACUCGCUGCUGCUGUCCGUGCCCGAGCCGGAGCCGCCGUCCGCCUUCGACCUGGAGAGCGCCUCCACGCUGCUGCUGCCCGUCAUCGAGAACAAGCCGCUCGACCCGUCCGCCCUGCAGGCGGUGCGGCGGCAGCUGCAGGAGACGGGUCCGCGCGUGCUGGCGGCCCAUUUGACGCGCGUCGACCUCUCGCUGCUGCUCGACGCUGCAGACCUCGGGCUCGGCAUCGCCUGCGGACUCGAGCUCGUCACGCUGCCGCACGGCCGACAGCUGCGCCUCGACCUCAUCGAGAGGACUGAAUGUCUGAAACUGUUGGUGGCAGUCACGAUCUUAACUUGCACCACAGAAGCAGAACGAGCAGAAUCAUUAAAUAAAUGGAUUGAGGUAGCAGUUGAGACAAAAACAGCACUUGGUAAUCUCUAUGGAUUUUGUGCAGUGAUGAUGGGCCUCUGCAUGCCACAGAUUCAGAGGCUGUCCUCAACGUGGCAUGUUCUGCGACAGAAAUUUACUGAUAGUGCUUUCAACUUUGAAGCAAAGUUACGACCUACACUGAAAAGCAUGAAUGAGUGCACAAAUCCACAGGCACCAAACACAACAAUUCCACAUUUGUUACCAUUUCUUUUGCUGCAGGAUCGCACACUUGAAGAUAUUCUAGGCCCUGCACCAGGAAGCCUGAGCUGGGAGACAUCAACUGCUGACCUCGGACUCGGCACACUUCUGGCACACAUGGAAGCUGCACGCAAAUUUGCAGAAUCUGUGCCUAUGUUUAGACGUAAUGCUGAAAUUGCACUUGGCAGUGCUGCAAAACAGGAUGAACUUCUGACUGACAUGUUUCGCACAGAAUUCCACCUUAAGUUCCUCUGGGGAAGCCGUGGUGCCUCUGUUGCUGCGGACGAGCGCCGUGCAAAGUUUGAACAGGUGCUCGCAGUAAUGUCAGACAAGUGCGAGCCACCAGCAUGAGUGGAGGAUAAUUAUGUUUAAUUGGCUGAUUUGGCACUUAGUGCUGACCAAUGAGUCUUAAUUGUUGGAUGGUAUAAAUGCUGAUACAAAUCAACAAUGUUUUUGCUGCAGGAGAAGAUAUGGUGAGCAACUCUUGUUUCCAGGUCACUGAAAGGCAGUGUGAGGUUUAGAAGAAAGGGCAUGGUGAUAAUGCAAGAAAUGAUGUCUUCAUUCUGACCAUUUCACAUGGUGUCAUGUUAUGUUAAGAUGAAGAGAGCUUAAGAUUUAUUUCAAACUACUGCUGCAGAUAAGGUGACUAAUCUGAACACACCACUGAACACUGCCAUUAAGCAACACAUCAUAGCCUUGUGUCCAAAAAAAAUUAAAAGAAACUAUGGUACUUGCAAAUAUCAAGACAGUUGUUUUAGCAUGUACAUUGAUUAUUCAUUGUCACGUCAUGGGGAUAGGUACAAACUUGUAAUUUUUUCCUAAUAUUUGGAUAAAAGAAAACGUACUUCUGUCAUAUUUUUUUUUCAGAGACAUGGCAUUGUGGAUUUUCCCUCCUUAAGUUAUCAAAUGAAAUGCAUUAGAUUAUAUAGUGAAAUGAUAUGUGAAAGAUUACCAUGCAUUAGGUGUUUCAAUUCGGUUCAAAUUUUUCAUACACGUGUGCCAUACAUGGAACAGGUCCAGGUAGUUCUUUAAAGUGCUGCCUUAGCACAGCUAGAGAACAGUGUAACCGAUAUAUCUCCAGGAGCUUGUGAAAUGAUUACAUAGAGACAAACAAAUCUCUGUUAAUUACACAAUCAUAACAGUGUUUAUUAAGUGUGUACACAAAGAAUUUUACUGUCUGAAACAGCUGCAACUAGAAAUACUAUAAAAAUACUUAAUCUGUCUUCAGGUUCACUUUACUUGCUUUACUAGUGGUGCUCUUUAGAUUUAUAAUAGAUGCUGUAGUUUAAAACUUGAUAAUAUGUUCUUGCCAUCAAACAAACGAGCAAUGAAGUUUGUGCUCCCUCUCACCUUUUUUGUGUAAUUUCUUACAUCAAGUUUGAGACAGUUAACUAAUAACUGUGGUUUUAUGUUGUGGGGAAACAAUAUAGAAUAUAAUGCAUAUGAAUAAUUGGAAAACAUGAACAUAUUAAUUUAAAUAAAUUUUCAAUACACUUUCCUGUAUAUUUUCUCAUGGAUGUUGUAAGAGUAUUUUCCUUAGAGCCAACUACAUUUUUUCCUCCUGUGCAAAUGUAUUAUAUUUCAAAUGUGGACUUGAGUCAGUACUUUCUCUCUCUCUCUCUCUCUCUCUCUCUCUCUCUCUCUCUCUCUCACACACACACACACACACACACACAUACACACUCUCAGAGAGAGAGAGAGAGAGAGAGUUAGUGUAUGUGUGUAAUGCAAUACACUACAACUGAUUAUGGUGAAACGAAUCACAUAAUAUUACAAUACAAUUGGAUUAAGUACAUAUAUUUUUCUGAUUGAUGAUGUGGCACAAAGAAGUGGUGCUUACUGUGGUAAUAUUUCCUUUGACAGAUGGAAUUUCUUAAUAUCGGUUUCAUAUUUGUUAAUCUUUUUCAUGUAGCAAGUGAAUAUGUAAAUAAAACAAUUAUUUAUAAUUGCCUGGUUGCACCAUUUUGAUUAAACAAGUUUCUUGACAUAUUAGUUAAUGACUGGCUAGGUCUUUACAGAAAGCAGUAAAGUAAUGCCCAAUAGUUACAGCAUUUACCGUAACUUAAGCACUGAAUGAGUGACCAUUCAUGACUGUAAGUAAUUUCCAGUAUGUGAUAACUGUAUGUAAUUAACAGAAAAUUGUCUUCCCUGUGUUAUUUAAGGUGCUUCAAAUUGUUUGAUGAAAUUUUGUGGGAUUUAAGUCUCUUGCUCGAACACAAGGUGGGAUAUUCCUGCUUAUGAAAUUUCCUUUUGUACUUUUGUGUUAUGUUCUAAUAAUACAAAGGCUCUUCAUUCAUUUGUUUUUAUAUUGGGUAUGUUAGUUCAGAUCAGAUUGUAUUGCUUUCCCAACUGCUUCUGUUGAUAACGAUCUGCUAAAAGUAGUUAUUCCAAUAGGGGAAAGCUGACUUUAAAACCUAGAAAAAUGGUAUGGUAACUACAUGCAGUUCCAUAACGAUAUCCAGUGUCGCUGUUGGCUAAGGACGACUCAGUGGUCAGCUACCUGUAUGUAGUCCCCAAGACCUCACUGUAGAACUAUAUAAUCUUUUACACAGAAGCCCAAAAUUAUUGAAUAAAAUAUUUCAUUUAUGGUGGAAGACAGAUGUUUCAUCCAAAACGUGAACCAAGUAACAGAGAAUUCGAGUACAUACCACAGUCAUUUUCUGGAAAGGGUUCGAUAACAGUUUCCUUAUUUUUGCAUUUGUGUUGACUCUGUUAUUCCAUAACAUAUUAAAAAGUUUUUAAGACUUGACCAUUUGUGUCUUCCCAAAUUGAAAUGACUUCUCAUCUAAAUUAAGCCUACUGCCUGAAAGUCUGGUCUCCUGUGAUCUGAAUGUACCUGGUGUUGAAUAAUAUGUAGCCUGGUGGAUAAUAGGUGUGUUAAGCAUGGACUAGACAGUAUUGUAAAAGUAUGAAACGUAAGUGUGUGUGCUCUCGUACAACAAAAAGUUGUACGUUCCUGUAUUAUGUGCACACUGUCUGAAAUUUUAUGAGUUGUUUGAGAUAAUGCAAUAGUUUUUCAUUGGUUUAUAUUUUGGGCCUGUUCUUUACUUAAAACAGCUACAGAAUUGGUCCGAGAAACAGGGAAAUUUUCAUUCUGAAGGAAAGAACAUACGUCAUCAUUAGGAUUAGCAAAGUUUCUUUGUUAGUUGUGUAAAAGAGGUUCCGUAAACAAGUUCACGUAUGGCAGGAUUCUUUGUUGUGAUUUGCUUUACUGAAUGAUGCAUCUCCAGUCAUCCAUACGCAACUUGUACUUCCAUAGCCAUUAUAAAUGAACAGUUUCAUGAACAUAGAUGAGCAAAAACUUUUUUAUUUAUGUACUAUUCUUCACACAGUUGUACUCUUAUGUUGCCUGCAGAAUAUGAGUGCUGCAUCAGAAUUUAUUUUAGAAAAUUAACUUUUCAGCAAUUCUUGCUCUCAAGUGAAGGUAUUUUCAGAAGCAGGCAAUAAAGCACAUCUGUAUUUUAGUUUGAUCAACAAUGAACACUGUUAUUGAGCAAAAACUUCAGUAAACUGCUGAAACUUUUUUGGUUGUAGACCAAUACUACCAUAUUCACCGAAGCUUUGCAUCUCAAAAUUACACAACCACAGCUUGUCAGUCCUGGAUACAUUCUGGAAACAUUUCUCUUCCCAAUUCAGAACCAACUUGAACAUAAGCAAAUCAGUAAGAUACAGUACAACAGAUGAAGUCUUCUUCCCUUGUUUAGUCAUUUUUUUAAAUGUCUAUUUCAUAACUUUUUGUGUGUGGGCAUAUGGUGCAAAAUUGGUUGUUAUUGCAAAUUUAACACUGUAUCUGUAUCUGUGUAAGUAGUACUGAAAACUUAGAAACUUACAUAUAAGGUUGUGACAGAGACAUACAAAUUUGUAACUAAAGUAACAGAUGACAAUUAUGAACUCUGUAUAAAGCUCCUGGAACUGAACAUACCCUUACUCCUAAUAUCAGAAUAAAUGUGGAAAAAAAAGAAAUGAACUGGAACAUAUUUUCGUAUCUACCUUCAUAGCAUCAGUUUCUCUGGCAUUAGUGAUAACUUUUAAUUUAAUUAUAUGACCAGUUUUCAUACAUAUUUCCCUGUUACUGAAAGAACUGUAGAAAUAUUUCUCUUUUGGUAAAUAAGCAUGAGAAACCACACACUUCUGGAAUGUAAUUCAGUUCACAGUAUGUCAUGACAACAUGGCUGGAGAUGAUAAAUCACUGUGAAUAGCUUUCUACCCAAAACUUAUACACAUAUUAUUACGUUAUUAUAAAUGGCAAAGUGUUUGUAUUAAAAUAUGCCUUUGCAAGUAAACUGACAGUAUUUUUUAGUUUUUCUGCAAGAAAACAUAAUGAGGUAAUAUAGAAGAAUUAUGAAUUGAUGUAAACAUUGUAAUGGGAAUUACAUUCAUGUAAUGUUUGUGUUUCUGCAUAAUAUAUUAUGACAAAAGUCUUAAUUAGGUCAUUGAUAAAUGAGAAACCUUAAAAAGGGACCAUUCAACACCAAAAAAAGUUUCAUGUGAGCCUGUAUGGCUAUGGAUACUGUGGAUCAUACAGUUAGUUUAGACAAAGACUUAAUCUUUAUAAUCAAACCUUAUAAUACGAUUUCAUAUUAUUUCAUGAACCACAUAGCCUGUCUCAAUUUAUGAGAUUUCUAUAUCUGUGUUAUAAUAACGAUGCAUAUGAAAAAAUAAUGCUUAAAAAAAUAGGUUUUUUGGACUUUCUUGAAGAGAACACCAAUAUUCUCUAAACCUUCUAUAGAUAAGUCAUGGCUGUCUAAGUAAGUAGUUAGUCAUAACAGAGGUGAUGUACAGGUGAUGUCCAAAAUGAAAUGAAAUUAAUGUUCAGAAAGUUAAUGCUGUAUAAAAAUGUUGUAGCUGUAAUUUUUGCGACACCAUAAAUUAAAAUGUACCUCAGAGUAGCAGCUUUAGUUACCAUGUGUCUAAAGAAAAAGAGAAUUUUGUACAUGAACCUUUUUAUUGACAUAAUUGAAAGACAAUAGUCUGUAUUCUCAGAUAAUUAAGUAUGUAUGUGAUUGUGACUAAUGAAAUAAUAUACUUAUGUGUCUCUUCAAUUGUACAAGCAACUUUUGUUACUUGCAUUGCUCAAUAAGUAAAUGUGUUUAUCUGGACAGAAUGCCGCACUAUUAGUUGAAUGUUAGAAGAAGAUUAUUUAUUGUGAAACAUGUGCUUGGUCGCAGAUGUGCUAUUUUGGUAAAGCAGUUAUUGCUAUGCUUUUUAUCUCUGUUUAAGUUCCUGGUCGGAGUAAAUAUCUGUUCCCAUUUAAAACAGUGGCAUAAUAUCUUUGGAUGUAUACGUUGUAUUAAAAAUGGCAUAUAUUUAGAACUACUCAACAUAAAGACUGCUUUGUUAUAUGUGUACAUACGAUGUAAACUGAAAAGUUAUGGCACAUAAUAUUUUUAAUGUCUACUGUAGCAAUGACAAUUGGCAUAUAUGUUACAAAGUCUCCCUUGAGAAGUCUGCUGGACAUUGAAAUUGUGGUACUUUUGCAGAAAUGUCCAGGUGACUUGUGUAAAGCAAAUGAAUAUUUUCUAUUUGUGAGAUGUAUGUUUUGUUGUAUAUAAUUACCUCCACUUGUGUAUUAUACUCUAUGUUUUGUGUAGUAAUUUU